UACUGCUCUCCUGGCUUAAGAAACGGUGAUUGAGGUUUUUGUCCGACACCACCAGCCGCUGUAGAGGAGGUGGAAGUCUCCCUCUCCCUCUCUCUCUCUCUCUCUCUGACCUUUGGGUACAGGAUACUGUGUCGAGACUGGAGACAUUGACGUGCUCCCACUCUCCUCCCACUUUCUCAUGCGCACGUUAUUACCCCACACGAACCCAUGGAUCACCUCUCUCACCCUCGAACCCGACGGCCAAUCCUUCCUCGUCGACUAAGUGAUGUCGCAGAGCAACCGGUGAGCCGAUAUAGCGCAAAGAAGAAGCUAGAGGAAGAAGGAGGGAUAACCGUGCUGCACGUCUCUCUUCUUUCUCUAAUGGGGCAAGAUAACGACAGCUAAUCGAGCAGCUACAGCAGCAUAAGGAGUCUCUUUCUGGUGAGAUGGGUUAUCCUGUAUUGCAACAGGGCUACUUUAACGUGGGCAAGGAGACCUGAGACCACCACCUGUAUCUGAAGCCUGUCGAGCCGCCCUUCUUGAACCUGUGGAUCAUCUGGCUCCUCUUUGGGAACCUUCAUUACCGCAACUGGUUUAGUUCUUUAUGUUAUCCGAUUGAAGCAACCAAACGAGGAAGGAUGGAAGCAAAGAGAACAAAGCGCUGAUUGAUCUGCAUGAUUAUUAUAAGGAGAGAUCUGUAAAGGACUGCACUUGGCGGCAGAGCUGGCGAACCGUUGGUGGACCGGAGCUGUGGAGAUGGGCAGGGUCGACCCUGGGGUCACGUCCGCGACCUCGGUCCCUCCCGUCCAUCUCCGCAACCUCAACCGCGCCGACGACAUCCCCAGUCACCACUUCAACAGAAGAGACCGAGAGGCCGGCGCCGCUGCCACGACUACCACCAUCAGCAGCGGCAGCAACAACCACCCCAACGACGACGAAGGCAAUGCCGACGACUCCGCCGGUGGCCUCGAGAUGGUCGAGGCCGGAUCUGCCGGCGCGCCGACGGGUACCGCCUGUCGCCGCCCCCGUGGCCGUCCGCCUGGGUCCAAGAACAAACCGAAGCCACCCGUGAUCAUCACGCGGGAGAACCCCAACGCGCUCCGCUCGCACGUCCUCGAGAUCUCGAGCGGGGCCGACGUCAUGGACGCCAUGGCCACCUUCGCCCGCCGGAGGCAGCGUGGCGUGUUCAUCCUGAGCGGCAGCGGGGUCGUCACCGACGUCACGCUCCGCCAGCCCGGGGCGCCGCCGGGGGUCAUCACCCUCCCCGGCCGCUUCGACAUCCUCUCUCUUUCCGGGGCGUUCCUUCCGGCGUCGUCGCCACCAGGGGCCACGGGCCUAACAGUCUACCUAUCCGGCGGCCAAGGGCAGGUGGUGGGCGGCAAUGUCAUCGGCGAAUUAGUCGCGUCAGGGCCGGUGAUGGUGAUCGCAGCCACCUUCUCGAACGCAACAUAUGAGAGGUUACCGCUCGACGACGAAGAGCCAGCGGCGGCAGGCGCUAUGCCUGGCACAGAGGGAAUUCAGCUUCAGCAGAGCCCGGGAGUAAGUGAAGGCGGCGGUCGGACGUCCUCGCGGCAGCCACAUGCAGCGUUGGAUCCGUCGUCGAUGCCGCUGUACAAUCUGCCGCCGGAUCUUCCACCAAAUGGCCAGACGCCCCACGAGGUUUUCGGCGCCUGGGCCUCUGCUGCAGCUCCUCGGCCGCCAUCAUCCUACUAAGUCUCCUCCCUUCUACUUCUGCUCCUGCCGUUUCGUGCGACGGUGAUGUGCUCGUUCAUCAUCCUCAUGUUCUCCUUCCUCUGUAAACAUAUUUAGUAGUUGCAGGUCGAUCGAUUUCUUUUC